GCCUCCCCAAAAUCGGCUUGUCUUUCUCCUCCCGAAUCGGGUGGCCGCCGACGAUCGUCGGAAGGAGCAGCGCGCUCUCGAUCCCCUCCACCUCCUCUCGCAGGGUUGCCAGCCUCGCCGAGGCCGUCUCCUCCACCGACGUGGACGAGGACGCCUCGGCCGUCGAGGAGAUCCAGACCAUGCUGGAGCAGAUUAGCAGGAGCGGCGAGCCGACAGACGGGGGUCGGAGGACGAGAGAGAUCACGAAUCUUGGGGCUGCUGCCUCCGCGAGGACGGCGGUGUCGGUGCCGGCGAGGCCCAAGCAGGUCCACGGGAUGGGCUCGGGAAAGUACGCGAUGCUUCGGAGGAGGCAGAUAAAGAUCGAGACAGAAGCCUGGGAACAAGCCGCCAAGGAGUAUAAGGAAUUGCUUAUGGAUAUGUGCGAGCAAAAGCUGGCCCCAAACUUGCCCUACGUGAAGUCUCUGUUCUUGGGCUGGUUUGAGCCGCUGCGGGAUCAGAUUGCUUUAGAGCAAGACCACUGCAGGGAUGGGAAAAACAGGGCAUCGCAUGCUCCUUAUUUUAAUCAGCUCCCGGCUGAUAUGAUGGCGGUGAUCACGAUGCACAAGUUGAUGAGCCUUUUGAUGACGGGGAGUGGGGAUGGGAGUGUCCGUGUUGUUCAGGCUGCUUGCCAGGUUGGCGAGGCCAUCGAGCAGGAGGCUAGAAUCCACAAAUUUUUGGAGAAAACUAGGAAGAGGGCCUAUAAAGAUAAAACAAAUGAAGAUAUAGAGGAUGAUUCGGUGACCAAAGAACAAGAGUUUCUGAGGAAAAGGGUUACUAAUCUGAUGAAGCAGCAAAAAGUUCAUCAAGUAAGGAGGAUUGUGAAGGAACAAGGUGAUUCCAAGCCUUGGGGUCAAGAUGCUCAAGCAAAGGUUGGGAGCCGUUUGAUUGAACUAUUAAUGGAGACAGCCUAUAUUCAACCUCCAGUUACUCAGGCAGCAGAUGGCCCACCUGAUAUUCGGCCUGCUUUUAGACAUUCUCUUAGGACUGUCACGAAGGAACAACAGAAAACCAGCAGACGCUAUGGGGUUAUUGAAUGUGAUCCAUUAGUUCGUCAAGGCCUUGAUAGAACUGCAAGACACAUGGUCAUUCCCUACAUGCCGAUGCUAGUGCCUCCAGUUAAUUGGAUGGGGUAUGACAAAGGUGCACAUUUGUUUUUACCGUCGUAUAUCAUGCGCAUUCAUGGGGCUAGACAACAACGUGAAGCAGUUAAGAGGGCACCAAGGAAACAAAUGCAGGCGGUUUUUGAGGCCUUGGAUACACUUGGUAGCACCAAAUGGAGGGUUAACAAAAGGGUACUCAGUAUUGUAGACAGAAUUUGGUCUAGUGGAGGAUGUCUCGCUGACCUGGUUGAUCGUGCUGAUAUUCCUCUGCCUGAGAAACCUGACACCGAAGAUGAAGUUGUGCUGAAGAAGUGGAAGUGGAAGCUGAAAUCAGUUAAGAAGGAAAAUAGUGAGAGACAUUCUCAACGAUGUGAUGUAGAACUGAAACUUGCUGUCGGCAGAAAAUUGAAGGAUGAAGAAGGCUUCUAUUAUCCGCAUAAUCUUGACUUUAGAGGCCGUGCUUAUCCCAUGCAUCCUUAUUUGAAUCAUCUUGGUUCAGAUCUAUGCCGCGGAAUUUUGGAGUUUGCGGAGGGUCGCCCACUUGGUAAAUCCGGCUUGCGAUGGUUGAAGAUACAUCUUGCAAAUCUGUAUGCUGGUGGUGUGGAUAAGUUAUCCUAUGAGGGCCGGAUAGCGUUUACGGAAAAUCAUUUGGAGGAUAUAUUCGACUCUGCAGAUAGGCCUCUUGAAGGUAGGCGGUGGUGGCUCGGUGCUGAAGAUCCUUUCCAGUGUUUGGCGGUUUGUAUUAAUCUUGCUGAAGCAUUAAGAAGCUCAUCUCCGGAGACUACAAUCUCUCACAUGCCUGUUCAUCAGGAUGGUUCAUGCAAUGGCCUACAACACUAUGCAGCUCUUGGAAGAGACAAGCUAGGGGCCAUUGCGGUGAACUUGGUUGCCGGAGAUAAGCCUGCAGAUGUUUACUCUGGUAUAGCUGCCAGAGUGCUUGAAAUUAUGCAGAGAGAUGCACAAAAAGAUCCUUCCACUGACCCUAAUGCCCUGCGAGCUCGGAUUCUAGUUGAUCAGGUGGAUAGGAAAUUGGUAAAGCAGACUGUCAUGACAUCUGUGUAUGGUGUUACUUAUGUUGGGGCCCGUGAACAAAUCAAAAGGAGAUUAAAGGAACGGGGUGUCAUUGCAGAUGACACAGAGCUGUUUGGUGCAUCAUGUUAUGCUGCAAAAGUUACAUUGACAGCACUUGGGGAGAUGUUCGAAGCUGCACGCAGUAUCAUGAGCUGGCUUGGAGAAUGUGCGAAGAUAAUUGCCUCAGAAAAUCAACCUGUGAGGUGGACUACCCCUCUUGGUCUUCCUGUUGUUCAACCAUACCGCAAGUUGGGACGACAUCUAAUCAAAACAUCUCUUCAAGUUCUGACAUUACAACGGGAAACUGACAAGGUUAUGGUGAAGCGCCAACGAACAGCUUUUCCUCCAAAUUUUGUUCAUUCCCUUGAUGGCUCCCAUAUGAUGAUGACUGCAGUGGCUUGCAAAAAUGCAGGAUUAAAUUUUGCAGGCGUGCAUGAUUCAUAUUGGACACAUGCAUGUGAUGUCGAUCAAAUGAACAGAAUACUCCGGGAGAAGUUUGUGGAAUUGUAUCAGACCCCUAUUUUGGAAAAUUUGUUGGAGAGUUUCCAGCAAUCUUUCCCCACGCUAAGUUUCCCACUUCUGCCGGAGCGAGGAGAUUUCAAUCUGAAAGAUGUCUUGGACUCGCCAUACUUCUUCAACUAAUCUGAUGUUAAUCUCUCUCGCACAUUCAACUGCCUCUUUGCUUUUUCUGGAACCCUAGAAGCAUACUCAAGUCAUCCCUUCAAACUUGAAUGAUUUACAUGCCAGUUCUCUUGGAGAUGGAUAUGCCAAUACAAGGCGAAAUAAGAAGAAAGAGCUCCCUGUGAAACAGAUUAAGCAGCCUUCUUUCCAGCAGCUGCAAGACAAAUAAGCUUCAAAUGCUGAAUCUCAUGUUGCAUAUGGAGAUAACCGGGCUUUUCUGAGGUGGAUUCAGUAGUCAGGAAAGGUUUAUUUCAAUAUUCGGUAAAGAAAUUAGUUACGGCUGGAAGAGAAAUUUAAUACAAUUUUUGCCUUAGUAGAGCUGUUAAUCGGAAGCAACGAUGAUGAGUGGAGGUUUAAGCUGUCUGCCGAACUUAAUCCAGUAACAAAAUACUUAUUAUUUCUGAUUGUGUUGUAUAGUAGUAUUGGUGGGCUUCCUGCACGAUGCUUCCAUCCAAAUAUCCCCUUACUGGAACAUAUCUAUGUACCAAAUGGUCACUAGAGACAAUUUUUGUGUUGGUGAUGACGAAGAAGUGUAUAGUGAUAUGUUUUCGUGACACCAUUUGUUGUAAGAAUUAUGUAGCCUGUCGUGUUACUGGAGCAAUGUUAUAGUGACGAAUUUAUUUUCUUUCAAAUAAGAAUUUAUUUCCUUCCAAAUAAA